AUGUCGUUGGUGAAGUCUCAAAGCAAUGGCAUUAGUUCGGAGGAAUUGCGUAGAGAGCCAUCCGCAGGCCCUAUGUCUGAGAAUGGCCCAGUGAAAAACCAAGGUGUACCAAUGGCACCAUCCUUAUCUGAUAUUACAAGGGAGAACUCAGACGCCCAACAACAACACCAACAGCAACCACAGAUAGCACCAUCUAAUCAAAGAAUUGAUCUUUUAGGAGAAUUUACGGGACUUCUCGGUAAGGAGAAUUGGACCAAAUAUGCACAAGUAAUUAGCUUAUUCAUAUUGGGAAAACUAUCGAGAAAAGAGCUCUGUAAUGAAUUGGAUCUCUUAUUUCAGCCUGCUGCCAAUAGUGGUCCUAGUAUGAGGCCUUCCCUGGUACGAUUGCAUAACCAAUUGCUACUGGGGAUUAUGACCAAUUCUCUGAAAAAUUCUCCUUUAACUGGUAAUGAUAGUAGUUGGGGAUUUGGUAAUGGUAAUGCUGGUGGUAGUAAGAUGAAGCGUAUCAAUAAGCAUAACUCACAAAUUGAGACUUAUAAAAAGAUUGUCAUGUCACUUCCGAUUAAGGAUAGGCAAAGACUUAAGGGAAUCACUAAGGAAGCAGGCAAAAGAGGAUUUGUACUUUGUUCAGUUUUGCAAGCUCGUUUGACUAACAUACCUAAAAUUCCCAUCGUAAUUAAUCCGGAAACAUUGAAAAGGGUUAAGAGUAAUAAUUUAAAGACACCAUUGGAGUGGUCGCAAGAUAUUAUGACUGGAUUCAAUGCACCACUGGCUACCGAUAAUUAUUCUUUACCAGAUACCGAAUCGCUUUUCCUAAGGAUGGUGGGGAUCGCUCGUGAGCAUGGGCUAGUGGGUGCUGUAGACACAGGUUGUGUGGAGCUACUCUCGUUGGCAUUGGAUAAUUAUUUAAAAGAUAUUAUCGAAUCUGCUGUUGAUACUGUAAGAUAUCGUAGAAAGAGGUAUUCUGAGUUUUACGACAUUGGAGAGAAUGGCAUGUACGAACCAGUGUCAAAGGAUUCGUCAAUCGAAGAGCUAGACAAUAGGGAAAAACCAAAGACCUUAUCUCUGAGUAAUGAAGACCUUCACGAAUGUUUUACACUCUUCCCUAAUUUGGUGGAGCCUAUGGGAUCAGUUGUUGGAUUGCCCAUAGUAGGACUUGUCAAUGAUGAUGAAUUGGUGGCCACUAAAAGCAGCAUCGAUGAUUUACCAGAUUUCGCACAAGAUAGACCAAUUUUUACGCCAUUAGAUGAAAGAAAUGUAGGGACAAGGGAAGAAUUAAAUUGGUUGAUCAAGGACAUUUUGACGGAAGAGUGA